AUGGAAAAGUUUUGUGAUGAAAAGCAAAUCCCUCUGAAGAAUAUAAUUUCAAUUGCUAUUGAUGGUACCCCAGCUAUGACAGGGCGUCACAAAGACUUCAUAGCGUAUUUAAAAAAUAAAGUUCCAGACAUGCUUGCUGUACAUUGCGACAUUCAUCGCUAGCAUUUAGUUGCAAAAAUUUGAGUGAACGCCUGCAUACAUCAUUGCAUUAUGUUAUUAGAGCAGUUAAUAAAAUCAGAAGCAACUCACUAAAUGACAGAUUAUUUAGUCAACUUUGCGUUGCUAAUGAUGAAGAUUUUAAUCAAUUGCUGCUUCACACGGAAGUGCGCUGGCUGUCAAAAGGUACUUGUCUGACUCGAUUUUACAAUCUGUUUGACUCUGUGAUAGAGUUCCUGAAAAACAAAGACACAGGACUUCGCGAUAACCUCAUCACAUCAAAGAAUGAUAUUUUGUACUUGACAGACCUAUACAAGUUAUUUAAUGAUGUCAAUCUCCAACUUCAAGUUGACGACUUGAACUCGAUUAAAACAAAAACUGUCAUUUCUACAUUCGUUGCCAAACUGCUAUUAUAUAAGAAAAAUAUUAGUAGACGUGAAUUUAAUAACUUUCCUGAUUUAGCAGCAGCAUCCUUUAUCAACGAUGACUUGGUUGUUUACUGUCAACUCUUGGAGAACCUCCACAAUGAUUUCAAAGAACGAUUCCAGGACAUUUUAAACAUGGACAUACCAGACUGGGUAUUAUAUCCUUUUUCAAAUGUCAACACAGCAGAAUCAUUCCAGUUAGAAGAACAACUUUUAGAAUUAACCACAAAUAAGGAAAUCAAAUUCAAAUUCAAGAAUGGCUAUCAAGAAUUUUGGCUGCAAAAGCCAAUCAUGGAACUGUACCCUAGAUUAUGA